ACAUUCUCCUUUGCCCAAAAAACGGUUUCACUGUUUCGCAUUUUUGUUUUAUUUAUUUUUUUCUUUUUCAAUUUGAUUCUUCUUCUAUGUGAAGCAUCCUUGUUUGUGUUAUGCUCAAUUAAUUAUUCGAGGCCCACACUCGCCCUUGCAUUUGAAACUCGGUCCCUGGUGUUCCGUUGUGUAGUAAAUACAGUGUGUGGGAUUUGAUAGUGUUGUUGAUGGAUGGAUGGAUAGAUAGAUGAAGAAGAACUCGAGAGGGUUUCUAGAUUAGUUAAGAAUUAAUGAUGGGUGAGUUUUACUUUCAUAGUGUAUUUGACAAAGACGGUGAUGCACAAGUGGGUGCAUAUGCUGAGCCUCAGGGUGCAAGUUCUAGGGUGCACAGGCGCUCUAACAGUGCUUCUUCUGACAGGAACCUGAAAUUUUCAAGAGGUGUAGUUUUGCAUCCUUUAGAGAAAGGCCAUGAUGAAUAUCUUGUUUCACCAACUUCAGUGUCGACUUCCAGGGUACCAAGUCCUUUACAUGACAACCUCACCUGUAACAAUAAAACUUUUUCAAAUCAUAGAUCAUCAUUGGAAAAAGAUGUUGAGCAGCUACAGCUACGCCUACAGCAGGAAAAAUCUAUGCGUAUCUUGCUUGAGAAAGCAAUGGGCCGUGCCUCAAGUACUUUAUCACCUGGACACAGGCACUUUGCUGCUCAGACAAAAGAUUUAAUUGCUGAAAUUGAGUUACUUGAAGAAGAAGUUACAAGCAGAGAGAAACACGUGCUUGCCAUGUAUAGAAGUAUUUUUGAACAUUGUGUUAGCCGGCCACCUUCUGAACAAAAUUCUGGGGUGGCUUCACCUGCUCACACAAAGCAUGAAUCUAGGAGGCAUCCAAGUAUAAUUUCAAGUGCUUUCUGUUCGUCAAAAAAGUUUCCCAUGAGACCCUUGCAAGCUCUGGUUUCUAACAAUGACUUGAAGAACAGAAUCUUUGGGUCAAGUUAUCCUCCUUUAUCUUGUGGCAAGGGCAAAGUUUAUUUUGGGAAGACUUGUCCUGAUUCCACUAAGGUUCAUGAGAAGUUUACCAAAAUGGAGAAAACUCCAGUAUUGCGAACUUUAAAGGAUCAUCUAAACUUGUGCCCGAACAGGCUUUCUGAGGAGAUGGUAAAGUGUAUGGCAACUGUAUAUUGCUGGCUCCGUAGUGCAACCUCUGUAAAUACUGAAAAGAGUAGGUCAUCCACUCAUGCUGUACGGCCAAGACAUGGUAUUUUUGUAGAGGAUCGGGACUGUUCUUACAAAUCAGUGGUGGAAAUAUCUUGGAUUGCUACACGUAAACGUCAUUCUUCACAUGCUUCUUACGCCAUUGACAACUACAGAGUACUAGUUGAACAGCUCGAAAGGGUGAAUAUCAGUCAAAUGGAACAUGAUGGACAGAUUGCGUUCUGGAUCAAUGUGCAUAAUGCUCUUGUGAUGCAUGCAUAUUUAGCAUAUGGAAUUCCCCAGGGUUCUCUGAAGAGGCUGGCCUUGUUUCACAAGGCUGCUUACAAUAUUGGUGGUCAUAUCAUAAGUGCAAAUGCCAUUGAACAAGCAAUAUUUGGCUUUCGAACCCCCCGCAUUGGACGGUGGCUCGAAAGCUUUGUGGCUGCAGCUCUGAGGAAGAAAAAUGGUGACGAAAAGCAGUUUAUCAGCUCAAAAUUGUAUAUUAAUGAUUUUCAACCCCUUGUUUGUUUUGCCCUUUGCACCGGGGUUUUGUCUGAUCCUGUGCUAAAGGUCUACACUGCAUCAAAUAUAAGAGAACAGCUGAAUUUUGCCAAAAGGGAGUUUCUUCAAGCAAAUGUAAUUGUAAAGAAGUCAAGCAAAGUUUUUCUCCCUAAAUUGGUGGAAAGAUUUUCUAGAGAAGCGUCAAUCAGUCUAGAUGAUCUCCUUGGAUGGGCAAUGGAAAGUGUUGACAAGAAACUCCAUGAUUCAAUACAGAAGUGCCUUGGUCGUAAAUCCAAUAAAAAGUCAUCUCAGAUCAUCGAAUGGAUACCUUAUAGUUCUCGGUUCAGGUACAUGUUGUCGAAGGAUCUAAUAGACAAGCCAUGGUGGGUAUGAUUAUGACAUCUUACUGCAAUGAAGAGGUCAUUUACUUCUUUUAGACUUCACUGUUCUGAGGAAAGCGAGGAAGCUAAUUGUAGGUGUUCAUAGAAAUUUCUUGUACAUUUUAACACUAAUUUUUUCUUGUGUUAGAUUUGGUACUUACUAUCUAAAUAUUUUUAUAAAUGUAGCCGCCUAACUUGGAAGUUGUAGAAUAUAAUAAUAAACGGUAAUAUGUUCUUGGUGGAUGUAGGUGAGCAGAAGUAUAGAAAUGUUGAUCACACUACUACCAUAUAUGGUUAAUUUUUUCUAUCCUAAAAUCGUAAGGUCAAGUAUAUCUAAUUGUUUUGCUCUGGCAACUUCAGUGUCACAUAAAGCAUACUUGGAUUUAUUUA